UCAUGACGUACGGAUAACAAAUUGGAGGACGGCGACAAAAGGCAGAGGCAGGCAGUGCCGUCCCCAACAGACGCCACCGCCGCGCCGCCGUCGACCGCCCUAUCGCUUCGAGCCUUCCGCGGGCGAAUGGAGAAGAUGAUGCAGGUGCCGUACGAGGCGACGGUGAAGGUGAUGAUGGCCUCCCUCGAGCGCAACCUCCUGCCCGACGCCGUCAUCCGGCGGCUCACGCGCUUGCUCCUCGCCGGCCGCCUCCGCUCCUGCUACCGCCCUUCCUCCGACCUCCAGCUCUCCGACCUCCUCCACUUCGCCCAUUCUCUGAAAGAAAUGCCUAUCGCCAUCACGACGGAGAAGCCCAAAGAACAGCAUUAUGAGCUGCCCACUUCGUUCUUCAAGCUGGUGCUCGGCAAGCAUCUCAAAUACAGCUGCUGUUACUUCUCCGACAAGUCGAUGACCUUGGAGGAUGCUGAAAAGGCAAUGCUGGAGCUCUACUGUGAGAAAUCCCAGUUGAAAGAUGGCCACACUGUUCUGGAUGUGGGAUGUGGAUGGGGCUCACUGACUCUGUAUAUAGCACAAAAAUACAGCAACUGCAAGAUUACAGGAAUAUGCAACUCGACAACACAAAAAGCACACAUUGAAGAGCAGUGCCGGAAUCUUCAGUUGCAGAAUGUGGAGAUCAUUGUUGCUGAUAUCAGCACAUAUGAAAUGGAAGCUUCAUAUGAUCGAAUAUUCUCUAUCGAGAUGUUUGAGCAUAUGAAGAACUAUAAGGAUCUUCUCCAGAAAAUUUCAAAGUGGAUGGAAGAGGAUGGCCUUCUUUUUGUUCAUCAUUUCUGCCAUAAAGCAUUUGCAUACCAUUUUGAGGACAUAAAUGAAGAUGACUGGAUUACUAGAUACUUCUUCACCGGUGGUACAAUGCCCUCGGCUAACCUGCUUCUUUAUUUUCAGGAUGACGUUUCUGUUGUCAAUCAUUGGCUGGUCAAUGGGAAGCAUUAUGCACAGACAAGUGAAGAAUGGCUCAAGAGAAUGGAUCAGAAUUUGGCUUCAAUCAAGCCCAUCAUGGAGGGUACUUAUGGCAAGGAACAAGCUGUCAAGUGGACUGUCUACUGGAGAACAUUCUUCAUCGCCGUUGCGGAACUAUUUGGAUACAAUGAUGGAGAAGAGUGGAUGGUGGCACUUUUCCUGUUUAAAAAGAAAUGAGUUUGUUCAUCUCUCUAUCGAUUUGAAGGAUACAUGUUUAAGUAUAGCUUGGAGAUUAAGCUGAGGCACAUAAUUCUGGCGCAGCUAAGCAUGAUAACGAACUCUUUGUCAUUGUUCAAGAUGAAUUAGAGUCGCAACCAUUUAAAUAGCAGCAAAUUUCGCUAUGUUGUUUGAUGAUCAUGUAAGAGGGAAUUUGAAGCGGACGAACAUAGCGUUUGCGCUC